AGCUGGUGGCGGUCAGAUGCAGGAUUCAGCUAAUUACCAGACGUUCUUCGUACUUUUUGCGGCCUGAUUGGCUACUCGGUGCGCCAAUCACAGCACUGAGAGGAAUGAGAGGAUGGAUGUCACUGUGAUAAGAAGGGCGGGGCAGACAGAAGCCAUUGCUACAGAGGGAUGUAAGGAACGGGGCGUGGUUAUCUGGAGGGGCGGUUUUUCAAAUAUAACCGCAACUUCCGGUGACACUGCCAGCUGGAAAAAACAGAAAGCGGCCAUUGCGGUGUCUGGCAGCAGAAAAGUGAAGAACCAGAGAGUCUUUACUAGAAGUCACGUGAGGGUGAGACGUGUCCUGUAUAUAUCACUGAUCACUGAGGAUGGAUAAGGACAGGAGUCGCAUAACUGAGAGGAUACUAAAUCUCACUCUGGAAAUUAUCUACCUGCUGACUGGGGAGAAUUUUACAGUAGUGAAGGAAACGUCUGGUAAAUGUGUGAUAACCAGCAGCCAUCCCCAUGUGUCAGGAAGACUGAGCUGGACCCAGAGCCCCAUCAUGGUGCCUCCACCUCACUCAUACGUGAGAGGCACAAUGACCAGAAGAUCCUGGAACUCACCAACAAGAUCAUUCAGCUGCUGACUGGAGAGGAGUGGGAGUACAUAAAGGAACACAGGGGUCUGUACAAGGACGUGAUGAUGGAGAAUCACCGGCCCCUCACAUCACUGGAUGGGGCCAGUAACAGGAAUACCCCAGAGAGAUGUUCCCGUCCUCUGUAUUCCCAGGAUCGUACAGAGGAGAAUCGGAGUAUCCCACAGGAGGAUCAGGCUGAAGGUUUGCCUGAUAUAAAGGCAGAAAAUUUAGAGGGAGAAGAAAACAUGUGUGUGACUGAUAUGAAGGCAGAAGAUACAGAGGGAGAAGAAUAUCCAGAGGAAGAAGAGCCGUAUGUGACUGAGUAUGAAGCAGAAGAUACAGGGAGAGAAGAAGAGACGUAUGUUCCUAAUAUACAGGCAGAAGAUACAGAGGGAGAAGAAGAGAUGAAUGUGAGGGGUGAUCAGCAGUGUAAGGAGGAGGAAAUCCCUACAGAUAUCAGCACAGAUGGAGCCAGUAACAGGAAUACCCCAGAGAGAUGUCCCCGUCCUCUUUAUUCCCAGGAUCACACACAAGAGAAUCACAGUGUCCCACAGGAGGGUCAGGAUAGAGGUCUGGCUGAUAAUGUAGAACAUAUGGAGCCAGAAGAAAAGACGUAUAUGAGGGAUGAUCAGCAGUGUAAGGGGGAGGAAAUCCCUACAGAUAUCUGCACAGUAGUUGGAUGCACCAGCAGGAAUACCUCGGAAGGACAUCUCAUAGUGUCUCCAGAUGGUCAAAUAGAAGAUAAGAACAUCAGACAGGAUUCUCCAGGAGAAAACCCUAUUACCCUAAAUAUGCAUCCAGCACUUCAUGGUCUGGUUAUAUCAUCUGAACCCUGUACUCAUGAGGAAUGUUCUGAUAAAUCAGAUCUUGCUACACACAGAAUAGAUCAUUAUGGUGAUACAAUAUUAUCCUGUUCUGAAUCUGGUAAAAGUUCUAUAUGUAAGUCUGUUUUUGUUCAACAGCAAAGAACUCGCACAGGUGAGAAGCCAUUUUCAUGUUCUGAGUGUGGGAACUCCUUUGCAAAUAAAUCAGAUCUUGUUAGACAUCAGAAAAUUCACACAUGUGAGAAACCAUAUUCAUGCUCUGAGUGUGGGAAAUGUUUUAAGCAGAAAUCACAUCUUAUUCGACAUCAAAGAAGUCACACAGGUGAGAAACCAUUUCCAUGCUCUGAGUGUUGGAACUCCUUUGCAAAUAAAUCAUGUCUUGUCAGACAUCACAGAAUUCACACAGGUGAGAAACCAUAUUCUUGCUCUGACUGUGGGAAAUGUUUUACAUGGAAAUCAGAGAUGGUUGUGCAUCAGAGAAUUCACACCGGUGAGCAGCCUUUUACAUGUAAUGAGUGUGAAAAAUGUUUUACACAGAAAACAAAUCUUGUUAUACAUCAGAGAAGUCACACAGGUGAGAAACCAUAUUCAUGUUCUGAGUGUGGGAAAUGUUUUACACAGAAAUCAAGUCUUGUUAUACAUCAGAGACGUCACACAGAUGAGAAGCCAUUUUCUUGUUUUUGGUGCGAGAAAUGUUUUCGACACAAAUCACAACUGCUUAGACAUCAGAGUACUCACACAGGAAAAAUGCAAUUUAAAUUAAUGGAUAUACAUGAAACGGGUGCAUCUAUACUAGAUAUUGAAAAAGCUGUGCAUAUAAUAAUGUAAAUAAUAAAGUUAGGAGUGAAUGUGAUUAUAAGGCAAAUAAUCCAAGGUAUAUUGAUAUCACUGAGUUUUUUUUUUUCAAUAAAUGUUUAUUGAUUAAAGGUAAGAACAUAUUAUAGCGAGUAAUAGAAGACAGCGUUUACAAUUCAAAUAUCAAUAAGUCCAUUUGAUACAAGCAAUGACUGUUUACGAACUUAACAUGGUCUGCUGUUGGGGAGCUCCCUGACUAGAGCCUUAUCUGAAAUUCAAGGCCGCUUCAGGCCAUUCUAGGUGCUAGCUGUCUCAAUAAAACAUUUCCAAAUUUUAAAACCGUUCAAGAAAACAAAACAGAAGAGUAUAGGGUG